AUGUUUUUGUUUAUUCCUUUUACUUUUGGCUCCCAAAACUUUGGCCACCCCUGGAAAGGCCAUGAAUCCGAGCGAUACUACUGCCCCAACUGCCACAACAUGUCGUGCGAGGCGCGCAAACGCCGGGAAUUCAUCACGCUCUGUUUUGUGCCCAUCAUUCCCAUCCACUGGUCUAACGAAAUCAAGUGCACCAUUUGCAACUGGAGCAAGGGCGUGAAUGAAGAGUCGCUCAAGGCUAUGCAACAGGACCAGGGGAUGAACCGACCGCAACCCGACGGUCAUCCCGCCUUGAAAAAUCUCCAGCAACCUCAGAGCAGUUACCCAGGAGCUGGAAGUAGUAAUAACUACGCUGCUCCUCCAAGUUAUCAGCCGGAUGAGGCUUGGGAGGCGGGAAAGGCUGCUCCAAAGGGCUGA